GGUUUUGCGUUAUCAUCUUCCCUACCUCGAAGCCACACAGAGCACCAGCAGGAAUUAGACAGGAAAUGGCGCCGAAGAGAAAGACCCCAGUCAAGUCCCGAAAUCCAGAUCUGAUUCGUGGCGUAGGUAAGUAUUCCCGUUCUAAAAUGUACCACAAGCGUGGCCUUUGGGCCAUUAAAGCCAAAAACGGCGGCGUCUUCCCCCGCCAUGACCCCAAGCCUAAGGCCCCCGCUGCCGCCGAGAAGCUACCCAAGUUUUACCCCGCUGAUGAUGUUAAGAAGCCCCUUCUUAAUAAGCGCAAGCCUAAACCCACUAAGCUCAGAGCGAGCAUUACUCCUGGGACGGUGUUGAUUUUGUUGGCUGGAAGGUUUAUGGGGAAGAGAGUUGUUUUCUUGAAGCAACUUACUUCGGGGCUUCUUUUGGUUACUGGACCAUUCAAGAUUAAUGGUGUUCCUUUAAGGCGUGUGAACCAAUCCUAUGUCAUUGCUACUUCCACCAAGGUUGACAUCUCAGGAGUUAACGUGGAGAAGUUUGAUGACAAAUACUUUGCGAAGGAAGCAGAGAAGAAGAAGAAGAAGGGUGAGGGAGAGUUUUUUGAAGCUGAAAAAGAGGAUAAGAAGAAACUGCCUGAUGACAAGAAAGAAGACCAGAAAGCAGUUGAUGCCUCUUUAAUAAAGGCCAUUGAGUGUGUCCCAGACUUGAAGGCCUACCUGGCUGCAAGAUUUUCUCUUAAGUCUGGCAUGAAACCUCAUGAGCUUGUCUUCUAGAGGGAAUUUACAUUUUGUUAUGUCAUAUGCUUUUACUUUGGUAUUCUUUUGGUUUUAGAGUAUCAGUGGUUGUAUUAUCAGAUUCUAUAAGGUAAAAACCUAAAUUUUGGGAUACUAUCUUUUGUUAUGCUAGAACUUAAAUUUUUACUUAUUUGAUUGUGUUUUGUGCUAGUCUGAUUGGAGCUUGUCAAAUUUUAAAUUUGAUGGAAUUGGAUACUUCCUGUUA